GUGAUCUAGAGUGGCGCUUCGACGGGGGCAGGAAAAUAGGCCGUGCCCUAGUUGGAAAAGGGCAGGGUUUUCUGGGAGGCGGAGCGUGCGCAGGACAAUCCCUAGGAAGCACACGCUACAGGCCGUAAGUGUGGGCAUGCUCCGCUGGGCGCGAGCGUGGAGGGUCCCCCGUGGGAAGCUUGGUGCCUUUUCUCCCAGAUGCUCGGCGUUGCCUGUCGCCUUCAGUAGCAGCCGCAGUAGAGGACUAGGAAACGCCGAAACGAGGCCGCUGCCGCUCUCCUAUAACCUUCUAGAUGGAGAGGCGACACUCCCAGCCAUCGUCUUUUUGCAUGGACUCUUCGGCAGCAAAACCAACUUCAACUCCAUCGCCAAGGCGAUGGUCCAAAGAACCGGCAGGAGGGUGUUGACAGUGGAUGCUCGGAACCAUGGUGACAGUCCCCACAAUCCAGAUGCAAGCUACGAGGCCAUGAGUCAGGACCUUCAGGUCCUCCUGCCACAGCUGGGCCUGGUGCCCUGUGUCCUCGUUGGCCACAGCAUGGGAGGAAAGACAGCCAUGCUGCUGGCACUGCAGAGGCCAGAUGUUGUGGAGCGAUUGGUUGCUGUAGACAUAAGCCCAGUAGGAACCACACCUGGAUCAUAUCUAGGAGGCUACAUAGCAGCCAUGAAGGCCGCUGAGAUCCCGGAGAAGGUGCCGCACUCCCAGGCCCGAAAACUGGUAGAUGAACAACUUAGCGCCACUGUCAAGGACCCAGCCAUUCGGAGGUUCCUGCUCACUAACCUGGUGGAGGUAGACGGGCGGUUCUCUUGGAGAGUGAACUUGGAGACUUUAGCUCAGCACCUGGACAAGAUUCUGACCUUCCCACAGCAACUUGAAUCCUACUCGGGGCCAACUCUCUUUCUGAUUGGUGGAAAUUCUAGAUAUGUACAACCCAGCCACCACUCAGAGAUUAGGCGUCUCUUUCCUCAAGCCCAGAUUCAGACCGUGCCUAAUGCUGGCCACUGGGUCCACAGUGACAAACCCCAAGACUUCAUGGAUGCCAUCAGCAGCUUCUUGGCCUAAGAAAUAGCUCCUUGAAAGAGCAGAGACAGGGAACUCUAGGCUGGCAUCCUUGCAGCCGGCCGCCUGCUUCUGCAGAGACCAAUUCAGGUGGGCACCGAGAGGGCCCAGAGGUACAGAGGUCGUCCAACCCUUUAAUGAAUAAAGGCAGUUCUCUUAAA